GAUUUCUUUGCCCAACGGUCGUCGUUCGUCGUCGUCGUUUGUUUGUUUGUUUGGUCGAGCGAUCAAGCUUGAAUUCAUUUGCAUAUUAUCAUCAGUCCCUUUCUCUCAAACUGGGUGACGCACCUGACGCUCAUCGAGUUUGUUCACGCCCGACAACAAGUUUCUCUUGUUUUUUCCCCCCGGUUGAAUGCUCGUUUUCGUUGUCUCGAGAGCCUUUGCUAUUGUUCAUCGGUUCAUUUGCGUAUUGAACUUGUUCGGGCCUAGGUCACAGAAAAACAUUCUAGUUGAACGUUUAUCCCAUCGCAAAUCCACUUGACGCUCUCCCAACUUUGUGAUCCUCAAAAAGCUGUUUGGUCACCCAGUGUGACGCGCUUCAACUGCUGCAACCCUCGUUUUCACUUACCAAUUUGUUUCCAAAGCGCGGCGUUAUCAAACCCUCAUCUGCAACAAAAGAAACCCUUUCAUAUUGAAAAAAACCAUGAUAUCCCUCGACAAUAUCAUGCUCAAGCCAGCGUCUCCCAUGCGAGGGCAUCGGCCCAUGGCGGACUCUGUUUGCUUCGAACAAUCUAAUCAGGAUACUUGGGCGUCCCAUCAUCGUCGCUAUCGUCAGUAUCGUCACCACCAUUCUAUUCGAGGUCAACAUCACAGUGUCGGAGAUUUUAAAUCUGUUGACAGCAAAAGCAGUGGCUGCGAGGAAUAUUCAGAGGAAACAUGUUCGGUGAUUACAACUUCCACUGAAUGUCCUGCAUCAUCAAAACAUCUUAAAGUCGAUACUCGCUCUAUAUAUCGGAGUCGAUCUUGCUCCCCCUCCAAAUCAUCACCACCAUCUCCCAUUCAACUAGAAGAAGAUUACAACAACAAAGACUUUCACGACGACGACAUGUGCAAAUUUCCGAGACGCUUCAACCUUCGCCGCAGGAGGGAACUCAAAGCCAUGAUGGAAGCUAGAGCUAAAGAAUCCCAUGCAUGGUUACGACAAAUCCAAGACGAUGCGCAUCGGCUCGCUGCUUGUCGUGCAUGCGCAAAGAUCAUGAUCGGCAAGAUGGAUCCCGAUGAAGUCGAAGGAGUAUACCCCAUGACAACAGAUCGCAGCCAAACUGCCUCAGAGAUCAAUCCAGAGAUCAAUGUCGCUCCUGCUGCAGAGGCAGAUGACGUUUCCUUGUCGUUGCCUCCGCCUGUUCCGCAAGCUCCGACAGAACCCAGAUCGUCGACAUCAGAGUCCAGCAAACCCCGCAGGAGUUUCAUGUCCAUGCGCCGGUUGCUGCCAGUUCCUGCAGGCAUGAAGCGGAGCGAUUCGGUCGAAUCCGUCGCAUCUGUCGACACGAUCCAGUGGGCAUCGGUCGAUUAUGUUCACACAAAGACUCAUAAUCCCCUCUCCUGGAAGCCGGAUUGUCUCAUGGUGGUCAAUGCUGAAGUGUCCGAAGACGAAGGAGAGGGGAACUUUGUGCAUUCCCACAUGACACCCUCUGUGGUCUCCAGUGAAGCACCCAUCAAAGCACAACAUAUUGAACAAGACCAAGAAGAACAGGAAGAAUGUACACGUUCCAAGGUGGACAUUAAGGGAAAGAAGCCCGUGUACCUCGUUGAGCAAGAGGUAUCACCCGUCAUUGACGACCAAGAAGAACAAAGAAACAUGAUCAAUGUCAUUCUCAACGCCUAUGCCAACGAAGGGCCUUCAUCAUCUCGUACCCUACUCCCGGAAGAUUUCAUCCUACCAGAGCCUGAUGACCGCUUUUGGUACGACUGCUUCUCAGAGGCUGGCCAGCUCGUCCGUCGCAUCUCCACAAAGUCCGAGCCGGUCCCCUCCAAACCUCCGCGGUACGACUCCCUCGACGCCAUCCUCCCCCCGGCCGCGGAAUAUACCCACCACUCCAUGUAUACCCCAACAACCCCCUCGACUCCCGAAGAAACCGCAAUGCCUCCGCUCCCGGUGUGGCUCACCGACCCGGAGCGGCCAAAAAGCCCGCCACGCAAAGACAGCAGCCCCCCCAAAAAGCCCCGGUCCCCUCCCCGCAAGGACAGCAAGUACGAUUCAUUGUCCUGUAGUAUCGUACCGCGGACGGGACCGGAGGCUACGCUGGCGGAAUACAGACAAUGGGAAAAAGACCAUUGUAAAAAAGUCAAGGCUGAACGAGUAGCUCGGGCCAAGACAUUAUCGAAAUUGGAAAAAAAAACCUUUACAUCCUCCUCCUCCUCGUCUGAUAAACCCCCCAAAUCCCCUUCCCGCUUCCUUUCCGAUCCCAUCACAUGGAUCUUUCGUAGAUCCACACAUUCCCCAUCCACAUCCACAUCCAAAACCCUCCCACGGCGAGCCUACCCGGCCUAUAUCCUCAAUCACGCCGAGAUGGGCUCGCCGACCGCUAAUAAUGGGUACGACCCGAUCGCCCAAGCUGCUCGUCGGCGCGGCUCGUACAUUGCCGACAGUAUUAUUGCAAAAGAACAAAAAAAGCGGCGGAGUGGGGAUCCGGUUGAUUGGGGGGUCACGAUGGAGGUCAAAGAGUUUGUCAAGGUGGUUGGGGAGGAGGAGGCUAGGGGGCGGCGGAAGGGGUUGGGGAAGGUGGUGCGGAGGAUGAUGAGUUUUGGGAAGAUGGGGUAGAGGUGUGGUGGGGGGUGAGUAGAGGGGAGGAGAGUGGUAAUGGUGGGAGAGGUGGCGAGGGGGUUGAAAGCUGGAAUGGC